AUGGUCAGCGACAUUGUUCAACUUGCUCUUUCCUGUGUAAUUUUAACGAGUCUUUCCAUCCUUCUCGUGGUUAACUGGCAUCUGCGCAUUGCAACUCGCGGACAGCGCCCACUCUCAUUUCGCUAUCAAAUUUCUGAAAACAUCAGAGUUUUAAGAUUACUCACACCAGUAGUCCUCUUGGAUACAGGCGUCACCACGACUGACAUGGUUGGCAAUAUGUUUUUUCAAGUCUCUCCUGAAUUUGAGGCGGAGAAAUAUAAGUCUGAUCACGGCUACCUACAAGCGUACAUCGUGUUGCGCGUGGCUGCAAUUGUUUUUGAAUACUGUAUCCCAGUUGUUAUCGUGACAAGUAAGACAUUACGGAAAGAUAUAUACAGGGUUCUGUCAAAGGUAGUUGGCGCUUCGACAAGCGUGAAGAAUGAGGUGGAGGACGCCUGGGUCGCACGAGAAGGUCCGCAGGCAGUUUAUUUCAACUAUCUUCGCGAUCAAUGGGCAAAAUGA